AUGAAUGCAGCACCGGCUGCCAUCAAGCUUAAAUACAAACUUCGCAUCGUCAACAGGGAGCCCUCGUCUCUGAGAGCUACAGCUGCUAUCCAGGCCGUGGCAUUCUAUUCGCAACCACCAUUGACCCCCUUGUUAAACUGGGCUAGAAAGCAGACCGUCCUCCCGUUGAAAUCCCGGCAAUCGAGAGAUUCCCAGGACCGCAUGAACGAGGGGUUCCCUGGGCUUACUAGGGAUGCGGUCGAGGUUGUUGAAGAAGGUAAUACGCGGUUUAUGAGCCACGAGGGAGGACAGUACACCAGCGACCCCGACGGAAAAGCAGCUCGCACCACUUCCUCGGGCACCGGAGAGAGCCUCGACCGGAAGAUCUCAGUCCACCAUCUCGGAGAGCAGCCGUACACGGACUCGAUGGAACCAAUGUCACGACACCAAAUGAAUGAGAUGAGAACAAGGGAAACUUGUCCAUCUUGGAGAGCGCAUGCACUCUCUGACGUCGCGAUGUUGUCUAGAACUUCUGGUUCUGCGUGGUUUGAGUGGAGAUGGAAGUCCACUGCCGUGAUGCUUGGCGGCCCAGUCACCUCGUGGCCAGUUACCGAUGCCAUGGAUGGAAGAGGAAUCGGCUGCCGUUGUUCGCUCUCUGGAGGCAAACACUUGCUGGAGCUGAUGCUUGCAAGUGACUUAUGCGUAGCUGUUGCUUUAUCCGCAGUUCAUCUCAUCCUGCUGAUGCAUAAUGUGAAUGCCGGUCCAGGGUCGUCAAGAAAAGGCAUAACGCUCAUGCCUCAAGGUUCAGGCAAGAAAGAUUCUUCACGGCCCCACUCUACAGCUCCAGGGCUGGUGACUGACGUGGUGAGCCUCGAAAGAAGCUACGUCUCCAAUAUCGCCAGCUCCAGGUACCACCUGUCCACUCACGCACCCAAACGCGCCUCGCAACCCCGGCGCAAAACGGCUAUUUGCAACGACACCUAUCACGAACCGACGACGAAACGAAACGGAAUCGAGGCGCGCCUACUCCAGACAAGGGGGUAG